AUGUCCUCGAUACGGGUAAAGUACAUAGGACCCAAAUGCCCCAAGCACCUACUUUUUGGGUUCAGCUUUCACCGCCGCUUUACAAUGCAGUACAUAGUCAAUGAUUUGCAAAAAGUCUCCGGUCUUUUUGUGUGCCUUGUCGGACUACUAUACCACGCUGCAGCCUUCGCCAAAGCCACCCAACGCAAGGACGUCACUACCUUGCUGAAAGCUAGGUGCAUCAUCUACCUCGUGACGUCAACACCAGCAGUGGCAUUGCUAGUGCUUUUUACGAAAGACGACGCAGAGCUGAGCAAAUACAUACUCCUCAACAUUUUACAAGUUGGAAAUGCGCUAUGCACAAGUGCUGCUCCAGCUGAACUAUGCUAUAGGCUUCCUGGGCAAACCAUGCCGCUUCAAGGGGUUGCGAAUCAAUUGAUUGGGCUUGCUUCUAUCGCGCAGGUAGUUAUACUAGCCUUUGGAUUUUGGCAAUAUGCCACUAGAGGAUCACAGUGGCUUUGGAUCGUCGUCACAAUACAAACGAUGGUUCUGCUCUUUGUGACUUGGCACGCUUCCCAGAAUCGUCCUGCCGAGCACGAGAACACCAUCGAUUCCGUGGAACACGAUGCUGCCCGCAGUCGCACUGCCAUCUGGGUUGCGUUGAAAAGGCGGGUCUACGCAGGUUCAAUCCCGAUACUCUUCUCUGUUGGGCUGGCGGCGACCGAAGCAUCAUUUCAGGCCAAACAAGUGCCUCCAUUCCAUGAUGUACAAUAUCUGUGCCAUUCCAUGCUUAACCUAGCGGCGAUGAUAGUUUUGCUGCAGUGGCCAUACACUCGGGAGCGAGCGACUGAGCAGAGCCCGGUAAAUGACCAGGCACAGCUGGACAUGGACCGGUCCAGCAGGAACCAGUCAGCGAACAGCAUUUUGCGCAAGGACGAAUCCGCACUCGGACGCUCUGCCGCGGAGUCUCGUUUAGAUUGUCGCUGGGAGACAUGCGGCCAGUUGGUGCGUAUGUAUAAGACCCCUGAACUGAGGAACGCAAGGACCAUAGCAUCAACAACUAACGAAUCGAGUGGCACUCUAUAUUUAGAUACUGACAUAAUCAUUUCCCUCAAUCGAUGGCUGGUAUAG